GUUGUGUAGUGUAGUAAAAUCAAUUUAAAUGAUGCUAUUAUAUAUGCAAGUAUCUAUUUGAAUUAUAAUAUGUCAAACUUAAUAAAUACAACAUGUAAAACUUCAUAUUAUGCACUGUUGAAAAAUCACAAUUUAUUCCCGCAUUGACGUCUUAUUCCAACCUCACAUUAUACAGUAUUGUGUCAUAAAUUGGACGUUUUGCUUUUAUAUUUUGCAUACUUCUUUACCAGCAUAACCCCAAUCUAUAAACAAGAGCAGACAACUGUAUAAAGCAUUUUGUAAGAAUUAUGACCCUUUUUCCACCUAGAAUAUGCAUAUUACCCGGUAUUGAUAAAUCUAUGUUAAAGUUUGUGUACCACCUCUAAAUUUUAUGUUCCUUGACAUUUUGCUUUUAUAUUUUGCAUUCAUCUUAACCGACAUGACUCCAAUCAACUCAAGAACGCUUAUGCCUAGGAUCAUGAAACUUGAUAGGUAAAUUGAUCAUGACUCGCAGUUGACCCCUAAUUAUUUUCAGGUUACUAUAUCAAAGGUCAGGGUCACGGUGACCUGAAAUAGUAAAAUGGUUUCCGGAUGAUAACUAAAGAACGCUUAGGCCUAGGAUCAUGAAACUUGAUAGGUAGAUUGAUCAUGACUCGCAGAUGACCCUUAUUGAUUUCAGGUCACUAGGAGGUCAAAGGUCAAGGUCACGGUGAACCGAAAUAGUAAAAUGGUUUCUGGAUGAUAACUCAAGAACGCUUAUGACUAGGAUCAUGAAACUUCAUAGGUACAUUGAUCAUGACUGGCAGAUGACCCCUAUUGAUUUUCAGGUCACUAGGUCAAAGGUCAAGGUCACAGUGACAAAAACAUACUCACACAAUGGCUGUCACUACAACGAAGAGCCCAUAUGGGGGCAUGCAUGUUUUACAAACAGCCCUUGUUUUAAUUUUGAUAUCCUACUUUGCAGGUAAAGAACUCUUCAAAUAUGUACCAGGGGUGCUUAAUGGGGUUAAAGUGGUUCGGAUGGGAGAGACGGCUGAUCUCUUGAAGGAAUUCCAUGCCAGUGGUAUAGGGGGCCACAGUGGUUUCAAUAAAACAAAUGAGACGAUGAAGAUAAGGUUCUGGUGGCCCAAGAUGACACAUGAUAUCAGGGAAUAUGUGAAGAUGUGUGUACAAUGCCAAAAGUCUGAUCCACUGAAGCCACCAAAGAAACCUGAACUGAAAUCAAUCCAUGUCCAGCAACCAUUUGAAUUAGUUGGCUGUGAUUUAAUGGGUCCCUUCACAGAGACACCAGCUGGGAACAGGUACAUAUUUACAGCGACUGAUUACUAUACCAAAUGGGUGGAAGCCUUUGCAAUUCCAAACAAAACUGCUGUUGAGGUGUCAAAAUGUGUCCAAAAAAUGAUAUAUCGGCAUGGAGCGAUGAAUGCGAUCUUAACAGAUCAAGGAAGAGAAUUCGUGAAUCAGAUUAAUCAAGAAUUGUGCGAGAAUUGGGACAUCAACCAUAAACUCACUGCUGCCUAUCAUCCACAGACCAAUGGCUUGGAUGAAAGAACAAAUCAAACAAUUAAAAGGGCACUAAGUAAACUGGUUAGUGAGGAGCAAAACAACUGGGAUGAUCGUCUCGAGGAAGUGCUCUUUGCAAUCCGGACAAAAAAGCAGUCAUCCACAAAGUUUUCCCCAUUCUUCCUGCUAUAUGGACGUGAGGCAGUUUUUCCUAGUCAGCUACCAAAAAUCAACGUUGAUGAGAUAAUUGGAGCAUUGCCAAGUGAGAAAUUUCUUGAAGAAAAUGUUGAAAAGAGUCAAAAUACAGGCCUGCAGAUAUCAGCUGAAGUCGAAAAAAAUUGUGAAGAGGCCAGAAGAAAACAACAAAGGGACUUCAAGAAAUCAAAUUUAAAGAAAAGACCCUACACCGCUGUAAAUAUAGGAGACAAAGUGUUGAAAUUCAAUGCCUCCAGGGCAUGCCGCAAGGCAAAAGGGGACCUUGGAACCAAUUAUACAGGGCCAUUCGUAGUUGAUGAUAUUGUUUGCGGGGUUGUAAAACUUAAGACAUUGAAUGGUGCCAUUCUGAAAACAUCCGUCGCCUUAAAUAAUAUCAAACCUUUUCUUGACGAAUCUGUCAAUGAAGACAUUAACGUAACUACACAUUCUGUCAACACGGCUACCUCUCAAGUGAAAACUACACCCCCUGUCAACACAGCUACCUCUCAAGUGAAAACUACACCUCCUGUCAACACGGCUCCCUCUCAAAUGAAAACUACACCCCCUGUCAACACGACUACCUCUCAAGUGAUAACUACACCUCCUGUCAACACGGCUACCUCUCAAAUGAAAACUACACCCCCUGUCAACACGGCUACCUCUCAAAUGAAAACUACACCACCUGUCAAUACGGCUCCCUCUCAAAUGAAAACUACACCCCCUGUCAACACGGCUAAUUCUCAAAUGAAAACUACACCACCUGUCAACACGGCUUCCUCUCAAAUGAAAACUACACCCCCUGUCAACACGGCUACCUCUCAAGUGAUAACUACACCUCCUGUCAACACGGCUACCUCUCAAAUGAAAACUACACCCCCUGUCAACACGGCUAAUUCUCAAAUGAAAACUACACCACCUGUCAACACGGCUCCCUCUCAAAUGAAAACUACACCCCCUGUCAACACGGCUACCUCUCAAGUGAUAACUACACCUCCUGUCAACACGGCUACCUCUCAAAUGAAAACUACACCCCAUGUCAACACGGCUACCUCUCAAAUGAAAACUACACCACCUGUCAACACGGCUCCCUCUCAAAUGAAAACUACACCCCCUGUCAACACGGCUACCUCUCAAGUGAUAACUACACCUCCUGUCAACACGGCUACCUCUCAAAUGAAAACUACACCCCCUGUCAACACGGCUACCUCUCAAAUGAAAACUACACCACCUGUCAACACGGCUACCUCUCAAGUGAAAACUACACCUCCUGUCAACACGGCUACCUCUCAAGUGAAAACUACACCCCCUGUCAACACGGCUACCUCUCAAGUGAAAACUACAACUCCUGUAAACACGGCUACCUCUCAAGUGAAAACUACACCUCCUGUCAACGUGGCUGCAAAAAAAGAAGAGGCAAUUCAUUUCUUGACGAUGCCAUCUGACCCUAUACCACUUGCCAAAGGAGAAAGAUUGACAGUGUGUGGUGAAGGGGUUGAAGAGACAAAUCUCCAAACUCUGGAAGGCAACAACUGGGUAGAUGAUCAGAUAGUCAAUGCAUAUUUGAAACUAUUGUCAAGACAGUCGACAGACAGUUGGUGUCCUGGAGAAAAAAGAAUGUUUUCAUUCCCAUCGUAUGCUGCCACUCAAUGGAAGGCUGGAAAUUUUACGACAUACAGAUUUUCCAAGGUGGACUUUACCAUGUACGACUUGAUUAUGGUGCCCAGGUGCCAUAAUAGCCAUUGGGUUUUGCUGGUGGCCCAGCCAAAAACCAAAACUGUUAAUGUUUAUGACUCGCUGGGUGGUGACAACAAGGUUUUCUAUGAGCUUUUCAGAAAGUUCAUGAGCGUCCGGUCCAAUGUUAUGUCUGAUGGAAUGGAUCAGUGGCAUUUUUCAUCAACAACGCAGAACAGACAAACUGAUGGAACAAGCUGUGGCAUCUUUACUUUGAUGAAAGCUGAAUGUCUUGUGAACAAUCUCCCAGCACUGACACUGGGACAGUCUCACGUAGCAUUUUUCCGGAACUAUGUUCGUGGACGUCUGUUGGCCUCCGGGGACAGGCACACAUAUUUAUGUAAUGCCCUGCAGUGUAUUGACCCCAGAGGACAACUUAAGUGGCUGAACUGUGAUGUGUGUGGGCGUUGGGUGCAUGAGAAGUGCAUUGGAACUGGUUUGGACACUGAAGGCUUUCGAUGUGACAUUUGCAAUGUCCAGUACAGUUGAUAAGAUACUGAUUACAGUUGAUACUUCGAAAGAGGCAUUUAUAUAUGAUGGUUUUACAAUCAUAAGUAAGAAUUUGAAAGUGUGUUAAACUUCAUGACUUCAUAAUAAGUAUCAAACUGCUAGUUAGGCAGCAAUGGCGUGUACAUAUUUUAUUUUAUUGUUUUAUUCUGUGUGCUACAGUUUUUAUAUCAAAGUAUAACAGUCUACAGUGUUUCAUUAUUUUCUUGAAAGAAGUUACCGUUACAGCAAGUUGUAACUUAUGAUGUUAUAUUGUUCCAUUGUUAUAUCUAUGUAGAUAUGAUUUUAAGUUGUUUUUGUACUGUUAAUGAUAAUCCGUUUAGAACUACUUAUUGUAAGUCAUCAGCGAAACAUGUGAGUUUUGUAGUGAAGCAAUCAUGAACUUAUAUUUUAAGGGUAAAAUACACAUUGUUGCAUAGUUAUUGCCUGUACAUCAUAUCAUUCAACAAACAGAUGGUUACCGGUAGACCUUAAAGUUUCUGUUUUCUGGUUAAUAAACAACAGUUCAAUAAUUAAAAAAGAAAAAUACUCAAUCACUUUGUGUCUUUAUAUUAAACCCAGACAUUUGAUACUAUUAAUAGAAUGUAUUCCUUGAAAAUAUUAUAACAAGAAUCGUUUGAAUGAUUUAUAAAAUAUUUUCCAAAAAAAGUAUCAAAUUGUAGUGAGAAAUUAAGCUCUGUUUAAAUGUUGCUGUUUGGUGUUUAUGUAAAUAUAUGUUACAACAGGGAAUCAUUAAUUCCAUAUAUUUUGUUGCUGUCUGAUAGUACUCUGCCUCUUUUUGUAUUGAAGACAAUACUUUUAAGAGACUUAAUAUUGUUUUAUGUUCAGCCUUAUUAUUUGAAUGCAUUUUUUUUCCACAAGUACCACGAUAUUUUACAGGAAAAGUAUACUUAAAAAUACUCACCAUCUGAUUUUGUUAGUCGUGCCUCUACAUCAUAACUUGACUGUUGUGUUCACAACAAACUUUUUGUUGUUGCUAUUUUCUUAGAAUAUCUAUUAUUAUUUGUUUUAUGAAACAUGUAUUGUUCUGAGGAGACAGUGUAUUAUUAUGACCCCCUUCGAAGAAGAGGGGGUAUAUUGCUUUGCUCAUGUCGGUCUGUCGGUAGGUCUGUCGGUCGGUCGGUCCGUCCACCAGGUGGUUGUCAGACGAUAACUCAAGAACGCUUGGGCCUAGGAUCAUGAAACUUCAUAGGUACAUUGAUCAUGACUCGCAGAUGACCCCUAUUGAUUUUGAGGUCACUAGGUCAAAGGUCAAGGUCCAGUGACCAGAAAUAGUAAAAUGGUUUUUGAAUGAUAACUCAAGAACGCAUACACCUAGGAUCAUGAAACUUCAUGGGUAGAUUUAUCAUGACUUGCAGAUAACCCCUAUUGAUUUUGAGGUCACUAGGUCAAAAGUCAAGGUCAUGGUGACCCGAAAUAGUAAAAUGGCUUCCGGAUGAUAACUCAAGAACGCAUACGCCUAGGAUCAUGAAACUUCAUGGGUAGAUUUGCUUUCAUUGCAUUUUGUUAUUCUAAACCUCUGUUAAUGAUCCAAAUAAUUACAGUGUUUUUUUUUUUUCAGAAUGACUGACCUUUCAAAAUGUAUGCUGUAUUUUUAUUACAAUUGUUAUUUUCCUUCAUAUCCAAAGAUGCUUAAAAAUUUACACAAAGCAGUUGUUUAUUUAUUGCAAAAAAGAAGUUCAAUUUUCUUCUGCUAAUUAUGUAAUUUCACCACUGUAUUCAAAUGACUUUAAACAAAAAAUUUACUAUGCUGAAAUCAGUUACAAAUGUCUUUAUCCAAAAAAAUAAAAAAAAAUUAAAAAACAACAAAUGAAGCAUAUUUUUGAAGUUGUUAAAACAAAAAAGAACAACUUUCUUUUCACCAAACAACGUUAAGAGACUUUGCUUUGUAUAAAUAAUACUCAUAUAAGUCGCCCCGUUGUUAUCAUUAUCAAUUGCAAUGUUAUUAUGUUUAUCUUAAAAUUUGUCAUAUCAGGUGUAUACAGAAUUUAAUGUAGGAACACCUACUUAUUAACAUUUUUGAUCUACAAUUAAAUUUCAAGAUAUGG